AUGGCGAUGAGCGCGCCGGGACGAAGUGCCGUUACGAGAUGCGCCCGCGUCUACGGGUCACAAAUUAACUCUGCGAUCCCGUUACCGGAGAAACAACGCAGUCCUGUAAUUACGGGCGCAUGGGUCGGCUCCUUGGCCAUGGGCAUGAUUUUCUUCUGCUCUCCCAUCGUCAGCAUCUUCACCGACCGGAUGGGCUGCAGGACGACGGCAGCCUCGGGAGCUACCAUCGCCUUCAUCGGACUCCUCUCCAGCUCCUUCACCAAGUCUCUGGAAGUUCGUUAUUUCACGUACGGGAUCCUCUUCGGCUGCGGCAGCUCCUUGGCCUUCCAGCCCUCGCUCGUCAUCCUUGGUCACUACUUCAAGCGCCGCCUUGGCUUGCCAACGGCAUCGUGGCCCUGGGCCAACGGCAUCGUGGCCGGCGGCAGCUGCCUCAUCUCCGUGCCGCUCCCCUUCUUCCUGAAGAUGGUGGGGAAGGCCAUUGGGCUGGCGCAUACUUUCCAAGUACUCAGUGCCUUAAUGUUCAUCCAGAUAUUCUUGUCCCUGACCUAUCGGCCCAUCUUGCCCUCUUCUUGUGACUCUCAUCACGAUGGGCAGGACAAGCUGGGCAGCCGGAGCAAGCGGCAGCAGUGCUGGUCCCAGACGCGCAAGUAUUUCAACUUGAGGGUUUUCCGGAGAAAGACCUAUCGGAUUUGGGCCUUUGGGAUUGCUACGGCUGUCCUGGGAUAUCUUGUACCUUACAUGAACCUGGUAAAAUACGUGGAGAAGCGAUUUCAAGAAACCAAAAAGGACUGGAUCCUCCUGGUUUGCCUCGGAGCCAUGUCAGGGCUGGGGCGCUUGGUUUCAGGCCGCAUUGGCGACUGCAUUCCUGGGCUGAAGAAGAUUUACCUGCAGGUUGCGUCCUUCAUGCUGUUGGGCAUCCUGUGCAUGAUGAUCCCCCAGUGCCAAGGUUUCGAGGGCGUCAUUGUCAUCUGCCUCUUCCUCGGCCUUUGCGAUGGCUUCUUCACCACCAUCAUGGCGCCCAUCGCCUUCGAGCUGGUGGGGCCCAUGCAGGCCUCCCAGGCCAUAGGGUACCUCAUGGGGCUGAUGGCCGUACCCAUGACUGCGGGUACGCCGAUAGCAGGAUACCUCAAUGAUUAUUUUGAGAAUUACGACGCGGCCUUUUAUUUUGCUGGAGUCCCCCCCAUCAUCGGCGCCUUGGUGCUCUCCGUCGUCCCGCUGGUCCAUCAGCGGAUGCUGAAGAAGCAGCGCCUGGACCCCGGCAAAGACAAGAUGCUGGUCUCGGAGGCGGUGGUGAACGGGGAGCUGCUGCCGGGCUCUCCUGCCUCCGAAGCACACGUGUAA